AUGGCUGGACACACGCUUCAAACAAGUCGGAAAAAGCAGGCGCUGUUGUGCAUCGGGGUGCUGCUGGCUGUGGUGUGUGCUGUAGGUGUGUGCAUUUUUGUGUACAAGCACAUGGAUGGGGGCGCUUUGAGCGGGGCAUAUGGAAAGGAGCAGGCGCUCUUGGGGGCGGGUGCAGGGGAGAGCCAGGAUUCAAAGGCAGCCUUGCACGAGCUAGUAGAAUGCUUGUAUGCAGGGGACGGGCAGAAUGCAGCGCGGUUCUGGGCAGACAUAACAAAGCAAACAAAGAGCUUGGAGAAUGCAGAAAAAAAGCAGGUGGAGACAGAAAGAACGCAUCCCAUGUCUUUCAUGAUGGCGGUGUUUUGCGUAGUGGGGGUGUGGAAUGGAGAGAGAUUGGGUUCGGAGAAAAAAGGCACUUCCAGCUUGCUGGCAGCCUUAGAAGAGCCGACAGAAAGGCUUGGCGCAGAUGCAGUGCAACCCGCAGAGCAGAUAGAGACAGAGCGACCUUGCAAUGCGAAGUUGGAGGCAUGCAUACGCAGGCUGGUAGAAUGCAUUGAAGAAGAGCAAAGGAAAAACACAAAGCAGGUUGGUGUAAACUAUGGCGUCAAAAUGCAAGGCAUGGGGCAGGUGGAGAGCGAGGGGGCGCAGCGUGCGGAAGAGCCCGGUUCUGCUAAGAGAAAGCGUGCAAAGCCUGUGAGCGGCCUACACGGGCAUAGUGAGCGCUUGGGGCUAGAAAAAACACAGGCUGUGCCAGAGGAGGAAAGCAAGGAGGAGGCCUCUGUUGAAACAGAGAGCGAGGGCCUGUGCAAGAAGAAGCUGUGUCGUGAGACCUUGGUUUAA